AUGUAUCCCGGGAUUGUACUGGCUGGGGCCGUUCUGCAUAGUGUUUUUCGCCAUGCGACGGCCUCUCCUAUAGGAACUGAAGGCCCGCGGGUGCACAUUAAAGCAACCCGUACCGUUGAUGAGGCUCCUGCCGUGGCCUUGCCUGUAUAUGCCAGAGAUGACCACGAUGACGACUUGGAACUGCCGCAUAUGCCGCACAUGUCAGACGUGCCAGACGUCCCAGACAAAUGGGGCAAAAUGAACACGACCCAGAUUCUCGUUAUCGUGCUGAGCAUCUUGGCGGUAAUUAUAUUCCUCGCCAUCACUAUUACGUGCUGCUGCUGGAGGCGUAAGAUUAGGCGGCGGCUCCUUGAGGAGAAGAAGAAGCGGGAGAUCGCUGACCUGGGUGUGCGGCAGGUCUACGGCAUCACAAACACGGCCGCCUAUAACCCUUUUAGUGUGAACCAGGCAAACAGCGGUGAUCCGGUCCCGGGCCCUAGUCGGCAGCCGACGGGUCGUCCUCCUACGUUCCAGAACCGGAGCCCGCCGAAAACCCCAGACGUUCUUCCCCAGCAUCCUUGGCCCAACGCAGUGGCGCCGCCAGCAUUCGUCCCGCCGACUACGGUGAGAAACAAGGUCGGCUUCAAGGAUUUGCAGAGGCGGAUCAAAGAGGGACAAGAGAGCGGUGCUACGGCCGAGCACCAGCGCCAGGCCAUGGAGCAUGCCAAGGAGUGCCGGGCAAUCGUCGAGGGCAGACGUCGUUGA